AUGGGUGUGUGGAAAGAAAUUCAGGAAAAACUGACAACCGGUCAAAACAAACUGAAAAAAUUACAGAAAAUAGGUGAAACUCGUUGGUGGUCUCGCGAAAAAGCAUUACUAUGGAUGUUUGACGGAAAUGACUGUUUAUAUCCAAUAGUGAUAAAUGCAUUGGAUUUUGUGGCAACAUCAAAAACUUUUGACCCAAAAUCUAUUUCCGAAGCCAAUUCAUUAAAAGAAAAGUUGUGUCAAUUUAAUAUUAUAGUAACAGCUCAUUUAUUUCUUCCAAUUUUCAAAAGUAUUGGCCCUACUUCAACAUACCUACAAUCAAAGAAUUUGGAUAUAUUGAAUGCUUUUUUAAUGGUGGAUAAGUGUAUUGCUGACAUAAGUAACUUAAAAUUUGAGAAUGUUCUUAAAUCAUCCAAAGAUUUCGUUUUAAAAAUGAAUAAUUCCCUUCACAAAAUUGCAUUAAAUAAAGAGAUAUUUAUUGAGAAUGAUUUUCCUAAAAAUAGAAGAAGAAUAAAAAAACUUAUGUUUGAUGAAGUUUGUGACGAUGAAGCACCAACAGAUCCAAAACAAAAAUUUCGAGUAGAAGUUUUUCAAUGUAUCAUCGACCAAUUGCGAACCAGCUUAACUGAAAGAUUUACUAACAAUAAAAGUUUGGUUGCAGAUAUGCAAUAUUUAUUGCCAAAACAUUAUAAUGAUAUAAGAAAUAAAUUAAUUCCUAAAUCAGCAUUACAAAAGUUAUCACUAUUAUCAUCUGUUGAUCACUCAAAAUUAAUUGACGAACUUGAACACUUUGCUGGAAUUUAUGAUAAAAUUUCUAAACCAUUAUAUAAAAAAACUGUUGAUAUCUAUGACGAAAAAACAAAUAAUGAUGAUGAUAAUUUAAUUGUAACUGAUAUGGAUUAUGAAGAUUUUUCUUUGGAUUGGGAUGAUACUCAUCUAUCUGUUACAGAAUCUGAAUGUGAACACUCUUUUAUCCGUGAUGAAAAAGGUAUACAUACCCGAGAGAAUUGUUUGAUUUGUGUUUUUAAUUUACUUCAUUCGCUUUAUUUACAUAUGCCCACUUAUUCUAAUUUAUAUGCCGCCAUGGAAUAUGUACUAACCUUAUCGGUAACUCAGGUUAAUUGUGAACGCGUAUUUAGCAAAUUAAAAAUUAUAAAAAAUCGUCUACGCGCUUCAUUAUCUAAUGACCGCUUAGAUGCUUUUUUAUUAAUGUCUGUAGAAAAAGAAAUAUUAAAUGAUUUAAAUUUUGAAGAUAUUUUGGACAUUAUUAAAAACUCAUCUCAUACUUUAUCUAAAUUAUUAUCGUUCACAUAA